AUGCUCCAUACUCAUGAGAAAUACGUUUUCGGUAGAAGUCCGAAGGAAACAGAACGACUCGACAAGCAGCACGAUCUACUAACGAAAAUAACACAAAACACCCUAAUUCACCCAUCGAUCCCUAAAGAGAACAUCAUCUCGGUUGCAGAUUUAGCGACGGGAACUGGCAUCUGGCUCAAAGAUGUCGCACGGGAAUUGGAAAAAUCAAACCAAAUCCAGCGUUAUUACCAUGGGUUUGACAUCUCACCCGAUCAAUUCCCCAAAGACUCGGGCCGCGUCCAGUUCUCUGUUCAUGAUAUCACGAAGCCGUUUCCAAAAGAACACUUGAACCGGUAUGAUCUGGUCCACGUGAGGCUACUGGUCGCAGCUAUCGAUGAAACGCGUUACCCAGCUGCCAUAGCCAACGUCUACUCGAUUUUAAAGCCAGGAGGCUAUCUUGAAUGGGAAGAAAUCGACGAAGAAACGUACAUAUCAAAUAACAACCCCGUCAUUUGGGAGAUCCGAAGAUGCUUCAAUUCAUCACUCAAAGCCGAGGGUAAAUGUUUCCAAGCAUCAGCCAAGGUCCGUGACGAAUGCAUCGCAGCCGGGUUCUUGGAUGUGAUCCGACGGGCAUAUAGCUCUGACGCCAAUAUGAGUCUCCGUGUUGACACAGAGCUACGACUGACGGCGAUCAUUGAAACCCUCUAUGCAAGUCUAUUGUUGCGAUCCGGGCAGGUGGUUGAUGAGGAUACGGCGUCAUUACGAGCUAAGAAGUUGAUUGAGGAGCAUCGUCGUCUCUGUGAUGAAGGAAACUCUCCACCUUUGAGAUUGAUGAGAGUUGUUGGUCAGAAGCCACUGCGUAGCUCACGUCUUUGA